AUGUCUCUCAUCAACGAAGUUCACGAUUCUCUCCCUUAUAUCGACGCUGAGCCUUCAGCCAGCGCGCGACAAAAGGCUAUGCAACUCAUCAACGCUGAGCUCGCACCAGAACACGCGUCCAAUCUCCAUCCCUCGAUCCCUGCCAGUCCGCAACUGAAAUUGUCUCCUCUCCUUCAGCAAGAGAUCGAUCGUAAAGCCACAGGAGCGCCUUUGGUCGGCGGCAUUGACCUCACUCGAUACGAAGCUCCGGAGCCACCAACUCGAAACUCCGACACCGAAGCUCCAAAUUUGGUGGAAUGGCGAGAAACCCUCCGCAAAGCAUAUACCUCCAGCUCACACUUGACCAAGCGACACGAGAAUCUCUCUCUGUUAGAGGCACACGGCAAGAAUGCGUGGCUGAUUGGUAACUCGCAGCUGGAAGAUAUCUUGCGAGGAAUGGAGAAGGAACUGGCAGACACCAAGGGUGCGGCAGAGGAAGUCAACCGGCAGCGAAAGAUUGCACAGGAUGCGAGCGUCGGCGAAUUGACAAGCCUAGAAGAGACCUGGAAGCGCGGUGUCGGGGCUGUCUUGGAUGUGGAAUUGGCCUCGGAGGCCCUGCGCAUGCAGAUUCUAGAGCAGAGAAGGUCGGCGGCGCAACAGCAUGCGCGUUAG